AGCAACGAAGGGAGGAACGACGGGCGGAGGCUGAGGUGGACGCAUCAAGUUGGGUGGCAGAGUAACACCUUGGAUAUCAAAAUGCAGAAUUACUUUCCCUUGGAUAAUGGCUAUAUAAGAGGACUUACGGUGCACUAAGCCUCAUCGUCAGCUUAAUUAGCUUCACUGUCUUCCAGGAAGCAAGUCCUUAUUAGUCUUCAGUUCUUCACACGCCCAAAUUAAAGGAUAUGCCAACCAUGCCCGUAGUUUCAGCCGCCACCGGCGUGUCACCUCCGGCGGCGGCCAACGUCGUCGUCGAGGACAUCUAUGGCUUCCUGCGCGUCCUCAGUGAUGGCACCAUCCUCCGGUCACCGGAGAAACCCGUGUUCUGCCCGGCCACCUUCACCAGCAGCCACCCGUCGGUGCAAUGGAAGGAGGAAGUCUACGACAAGGCCAACAACCUCCGUGUCCGCAUGUACAAGCCGUUGUCCACGGCCGGCGACGGCGAGGAGGCCGGGAAGAAGCUGCCGGUGCUCGUCCACUUCCACGGCGGCGGCUUCUUCCUGGGUUCGUGCACGUGGGCGAAUGUGCACGCGUACUGCCUCCGCCUUGCCGCGGAGGCCGGCGCCGUCGUGCUCUCCGCGGAGUACCGCCUCGCGCCCGAGCACCGCCUCCCCGCGGCUGUCGGCGACGGCGUGGGUUUCCUGAGGUGGCUGCAUGCACAGUCCACCAUGGACGCCGCCGCCGCCGACGGCUGGCUCACCGAGGCCGCCGACUUCGGCCGCGUGUUCGUCACCGGCGACUCGGCGGGCGGCAACAUAGCGCACCACCUCGCCGUGCGCGCCGGCCCGGCCGCCACCAAGCCCGACCUCCAAGCCCGGCCCGACCUCGACCUCCGCCCGGUGACGGUGCGAGGCUACGUCCUCCUGAUGCCGUUCUUCGGCGCCGUCCGGGGCGGGCGCAGCCGGGGCUGGGGCCGGCGCAGGGCGGCAGCAGCGGCGAAGGGCACGGAUGCUGCGGUCGGGUGCAGAGGGCAGAGCGCGUGCUGCCGGCGCGGUUGAGUGAGAGUGAGAUUUUUUUUAACAGGAAGCAGUGCAUAUGCGUGUGACUUUUACCGCUGCCUUUGCCGAGCGCACAUGAUCUGGCGCUCGGCAAAGAAUACUUUGCCGAGCGCUAGAUCAAGGACGCUCGGCAAAGACUUUUUUGUUUUUUGUUUUUUUUUAUUUUUUUGAAUUUGUUUUUUCCUGUUUGUUUUUUUUUCUAUGGAGAAGUUGGCCAUUACACUACUUUGCCGAGGGCCUCCUAACGGCGUUGGGCAAAGAGAUCAACUUUGCCUAGCGCAACCUUCGGCAAAGCGUUUUUGCCGAGGGCUGACCUUUGGCGCUCGGCAAAGAAUUUUUCUUUUUUUUUGUUUUUUCCUUCCAAACUUUUUUGUCAUGCAUUACAUAUUAUUUAAAAGUAGAUGUUAAGUUUUGGUACUUUUUUAAAUCUUUUUACUAUAUAUCGUUAGUUUAUUUGAUUUAAUUGAAUUUCUCCGAUAAACGCGGGUUUGAACUGCAGGUGCAUCGAACCUCCGAAUUCGACAGUUCAAAAAUUGAUAUUUGCGUUACUUAGCAUAUGUUAAGGACGUAUCCAGGAGCAUGCAUGAAAUAUCAAACAUCUAGCGCACGGAACACGGCGACCAGGUUGUGCGUGAAGUGCUAUUAAAUUAUAUAAAAUGCAAACAAAGUCUAAAAAUCAUGAAACUUAGCGAAAUGUCUUUGGAGAACAUGUGGAGGCUAUGGUAAAAAUUUGGUAAAGUUUCAUGCACGUUGUCACGUAAGUUAGUUAGAAACCUAGACAUCUCACAAUUGAUAACAAGUUAUCAUAUGUGAGAUGUUUAUGUUUCUAACUAACUUCUAUGACAAUGUGCACGAAACUUUAUCAAAUUUUUAUCAUAGCCUCCAAAUGUGCUCCAAAGAUGUGUCGCUAAGUUUCAUGAUUUUCGGACUUCGUUUGCAUUUUAUAUAAUUUAAUAGCACUUCACGCGCAACUUGGUCGCCGUGUUCCGUGCGUGAGAUAUUCGAUAUUUCAUGCGUGCUCCUGGAUACGGCCUUAACAUAUGCUAAGUAACGGGAAUAUCAAUUUUUGAAUCGUCGAAUUCGGAGAUUCAAUGCACCUGCAGUUCAAACCCGAGUUUAUCGAAGAAAUUCAAUUAAAUUAAAUAAACUAACGAUAUAUACUAAAAAGGUUUAAAAAAGUACCAAAACUUAAACAUGUACUAUUAUAUAAUGUGUAAUGCAUGACAAAAAAGUUUGGAAGCAAAAAGAAAAAAAAAAGAAAAUUCUUUGCCAAGCGCCAAGGUUGACACUUGGCAAAGAGGUGCCUUUGCUGAGCGCCUGACCGACGGCGCUCGGCAAAGGCUGACGGUAGGCUGUCCGUAAGUUCUGCGUUAGCUCUUUGCCGAGUGCCAGCCUUUGCUGAGCGUCUGGCGCUUGGCAAAGAUGUUCUUUGCCGAGCGUAGCCCUUUGCCGAGGGCACGGCGCUCGGCAAAGGAAUCUUUGCCGAGCGCAUUCUUCGCCGAGAGCCCGGCGCUAGGCAAAGGUGGCCUUUGCCGAGCGCCCGAUAAAUAGCGCUCGGCAAAGACCCAGGCGCUAGGCAAAGGCGCUGUCUGCCGUAGUGUGAGGCCUAUUGCUAGUAAUUUGUGUGACUAUGAAGCUGAGAAACAAGCACAGGGCCAUCAGAUAGCAGCAUUGACAUCUCCAAGAUUGCUUCACAACAUGGGUUUUCUUGCAGAUAGACCACUGAAGGUGAAGGAGUUGUCUGCUUUUUUUGUCAGCUCACUGAUUAUGUCAACGUUCUGUGUUGUUGGAAGAUGGACAACUUCCUCACAGUAGCGUUCUGUAGUGUGUUGCAGAUGGACCACUCAAGAUGAUACUGCUGUCUCGUGGUUGUUUACAGAACCAACUCACCUCACCUCUAUCGUUCAAACCACACAUGAAAAUUCCAUG